UAGAAAUGCAGUGAUUGCAGAAAUCUGGACAAGACAGCACAAACGAUUUUUGUUGUUCGAUGAAGAUAUUGUGUUGUUUCCCGUGAAUGAGACAAAUCAUUGGACACUCAUGGUCGUUCUAAUUAAGGAAAGAAAGGUUAUUCACUUGGAUUCACUCACAGGGCAACCAAAGAGAUCACUUGUUUCCUCAAUAAUGGAGCUUUUAUGCUACGUUCAUGUUGCUACUUACAACGCUCCUCUGAACAUUAGUGAGUGGUUUGCUCUAAAUCCAAACGAAAUCAUACCUUUACAGAGGAAUUGCGACGACUGUGGAGUGUUUCUUUGCAAGUAUGCCGAAUACAUUGCACUGGAAAGAAAGAUCGACUUCGACCAAAAAGACAUGCCGUACUUCAGAAGGAUGAUCAAGAAAGCUCUUCAAGAUGGGCAUCUUUAGAAGUACGGGAUGCUUGGAUGUCCACGACGCAGAAAUUAUUGCUGCCAAGGGCUGUGGAAAAGUGAUAUUUCUUUGGGAGACUAGAUUUUGACUUGCAAAUGCGUUCAUGAAGAUCCCGUAGAAAUGACGCUUGUUGGGAGAUGUCAAAAUUCAAGAAAAAUAU